UCCGUCGCGUGUCGCUCACAACAAUCAUGACUGCUGUCGGUUUCUGUGGAGAGUGGUUUAUUUUCACCAGCGACAAGAAACUUCUAGCAAUUCACACUAAACAGAGCAGAGCACCGUUUGUGUUUGACUGCAGCACUGCUGAGAAGAAGCCGAAGAAUGCAGAGGAUAACAGCAACAGUGAUGGUGGUGCCUCAGAGGAUACAGGAAGUGACAAAGUUCUUGCCUUUGCCGUGUCUCCCUCUGGAAAGCUGGUGUCUCUGACUGAUGACACCAAGAGACUGGUUCUGUUCCACUGUGAUCCUUCAUGGCAGUGUAUCAGCAUCAGGUGGGUGGUGAGGAGGUGCACGUCCCUGGUGUUCAGCCAGGCUGAGGAUGAGUUGCUGGUGGCUGACAAAUCAGGAGACGUGUACUCCUUCUCAGUGGCGGAGCCGCAGAGGGAGGGUGAACUGAAGAUGGGCCACCUGUCCAUGUUGCUAGCUGUGACCAUGUCACCGGAUGACAAGUACAUCAUCACAGCCGACCGUGAUGAGAAGAUCAGAGUGAGCCACCGCAAGUGUCCAUACAAUAUCCAGUCCUUCUGCCUGGGACAUCAACAGUUUGUCAGUGCCUUGCUGAUCCCAUCAGCACAUUCCCACUGUCUGCUGUCUGGAUCAGGGGAUGGGACUGUCAAGCUGUGGGACUAUGAGUCUGGCCGUAGGCUGCAAAGCUGGGACCUCAAAGAGCUUGAAGAGACACCAGAGUCUGAGGCUGACAAACAGAAGACGCCAACUGUGUGUCGUAUUGCCAGCUCCCCUGAUGGACAGCACGUAGCUGUGCAGUGUGAGAGAGUGUCCACAGUUCAGUUUUUCUCUCUGGAGCGGGCGAAUGAAGAGCGGCUCGUGCCACACAGCAGGCUGUCCUUGCCGCACCGUCCCGUGGACGUGGCCUUUGACGGAGAGGGACGGCUCUGGGUGCUGAUGGACUCCAGCGAUGCACCGCUCCAAGUCUACACACACAGACAAGGCUCCUGGGAGUGUGAUGCUGAGAGCCCUGAACUCAGCACAGUGACUGAAGCCUUCAAGCCACACUGGGAAACACUUGAGGCCUCCACAAGGACAAACACCAGCUUCGAGCAUCUGCACAAGACCAGUUAUGACAAUGUGACGACAUACCUGCAGAAGAAGCAGCAGAGGCUGGAGGAGCAGCAGCUGAAGAGGACCAUGACACAGAAAGCAAACGGGAACAAGAAGGCCAAGAAGGAGACGCCAGGGACUGUAACUGAGCCCUCGCCCUGAAGACACUUUGAAAACAUGCUGCUAUUUCCUUUCCAUCUGAUUCUUUGAAUGAUGAAUCACAGUUGAACGUGAGCGUGGAAGAGGCACAGGAAGGUUUGUGUGCUUUGCCAUGUCACCUGUGUAGAUGGGGUUUUUUUUUUUAAAUAAAUGUUGCAGCUAACAUUAAACUUCGUUGAAUUCUACAGCAUCGAGUAUGAUGUGCUGAAACAGUUUUGUGUUGAAUUCAAACAUACAAUGAUUGUGUUUUUUUUGUUUUUUUUAACAUGAUAAUGUACAAAACAUCAGGAAGGUGAAUAUUUAAGGUCCCACACUUCACACUGAAUAUUAUUUCAACUGUUCAAUUCACUUUGGUAAAUGAGGGGGUGUCAGUUUCAGAUUUUGAAUAAAUUUAUGGUUAUCGAUUGAUGAUCGAUGAGCAAAAAUGGCAGUCUUAUCCAGUAAAAACUGAAUCUACAACACAAAGUGUGUAAAAAGUGAAGGUGUGUGAACACUGUGUGUCCUAAAGUUCUCUGGGUUUUUAAAGGUGUGGGCUGAAAAGUUCAACCAUUCAACUUUAAUUCUUUGCUACACAUUAGAAAAGUGCGAGUGUUGUUUUGGUUUUUUUUUUUUUUUUAGACAUGACCAGUGUCAGCAGAUCCUCCUCAUAGGUUGGACCCAGGCCCGACAGACUAAAACCAGAGGAGCUC